CCGCCCGCCUCGGUGCCAGCCGGGCGCACAGGCGGCGGGCGCGCGGCUCCGGCGCCCUCUCCUCCGGCCGCCGGGCUCCGCGGAGUAGCGGGGACCCGGGGGCGGCUGCAAGGACUUCCCUCCCGCUCCCUCCCCCUCUCCGCCCCCGCCUGCCAGCCCCGGCUCCGAGAUCUCGCCGAAGACAAUUGCAGUAAAUGAGGACAUCGGAGGAGCACGGCGCCGGGUGGCUGUGGCUGGCUCCGCCGCGCCGCCAGCGAGCGAACGCGCGGGCGUCCCCGGAGCCGGCCGAGCCGCUGCCUCCCCGCGCGCGUCGCUGAGCCGGGCCGGACGCGAGCUGCGGCGCGGGGGCCGGCCGGGCCGGGCGGGCCGGGCCGGCGGCGGUGGAGGGGGCGGGCGGCGGGCGCGCAGCCGGCCAAGUCCCCGGAGCCGAGCCUUCCCCCGCGCGAGCCCGGCGAGCCUCGCCGCGGAUGCCCUGCCCGGAGUGCUCCGCGCCGCGCCAGGCUCGCCCGGGUCCGCGGCGAGACAUGCCCGAGCCAGGCGCCGCACCGACCUCGACUUAUCUGUAAGCAGCGGAAGGAAUCAUGGUCAGUAAGGAAACCGGCAAAUGCGUACUCACGACGUCAGAGAGCGAAGUCGAACCUGCCGCCUGCCUGGCCCUGGAGAUGAGAUACGCCCUGGAUCCCAACCGGCAGAUUAAAAAGCGGAAUAAAGCCCUGCAGGUGCGCUUUAAGGAUAUCUGCGAGGCACAGAAUGAGCAGAGGGACUCACGGCUCGCGGCGGGACAGCCCGGCGAGAAGCGGGAGGCGAAGCCCGUGUCCUACAGAGCAGCCUACCGCAAAUACAUGACCGUGCCCGCGCGGAGGGCCAUCCCCAAUGUCACCAAGAGCACAGGCGUGCAGACCUCGCCGGACCUGAAAAAGUGUUACCAGACCUUCCCCCUGGACCGCAAAAAGGGGAAUCUCAAAAGCAUCCCGGCUGCGGAUGCCUUUAAAAGUCAAAACAACGGGUUUGUGGCAGAGAAGCAGGAGGAAGGGGCGGGGGAGGAAGCCCGGCCCUGGGGUGCCGGCCGGGUGCACAAGACGGCGGCCUCGGUUUCCCAUUCCGAUGAACACGUGAAUGAGCUGGACCAGCCUGCCAGGCUCAACUGCACAGAGCCAGGCGAAAACCCUGAUGCGCACGGCUGCCGAGAGGAGCCUCUCCAAAACUCCGCUCGGCCUUCCUCCCGGGAGCCCGACCACCAGCUGCACGGCAGAGCGAAGCACGGCAGGGCGACCCCGGACACGGAGGAAGCCGCUCCGCCGGCCCACGGGACGGUGUUCAAAACGGAGGUGGCCGCCGUUUAUGCACCUGCCCCCGGCGCGAAGGCCCUCGAGGCCACCUUGUCAAACUCUGCCACCGCGAGCGAGUGGCCCCUGUGCCCGGCGGCCGACCAGGAGCGGGGGAGAGCCUCGCGUCUCAACGGGCUCCAGGGACCCACGGUGGCCCGCUCGCCCCCGAUGCAGUGCCUGUCCCCCGAAUGCAGCGGGCGGCCCACGCAGACCCGGGCCCCGCCGGGGGAGGACGGCCAGCCUUGCGCCGCGGCGGCCGCUGCGGGUGGAGAAUCCCGACAAAUCGUGCCUCACACGGAAGUCGUCGACCUGAAAGCACAGCUCCAGGUGAUGGAGGACCUGAUCAGCUCAAGCCAGGAAACCAUCAAAGUGCUCUUGGGGGUCAUUCAGGAGCUGGAGAAAGGAGAGGCCCACCGGGAAGGGCUUUCAUAUCGGACUGGGCAAGACACAGCUAAUUGUGAGACAUGCAGGAACAGUGCAUGUGUUAUCUAUAGUGUGGAGCUGGACUUUAAGCAGCAAGAAGACAAGCUCCAGCCAGUUCUGAGGAAACUCCAUCCUUUUGAGGAAACUCAGGUUGUACCUUCGCCUUACUCUCAGGAGCCCUACUCCGCAACUCCCAAGCAAAAAUCCAAACCCGAAUCUAAAAAGCAUGGAAGAUGGAAACUCUGGUUUCUUUAAAACUCAUGGUGUUUGGAGUCUAAAGGCCGUCUUGAAAACCCACUGGAGUUAAGUAAAUCCUUUUCCAAAACGAAUAGGAUGGAGCGAGCCUUGGCCGGCUCAGCGCUUCCCACUUCCCACCCUGCUUACCAAAAAGGCCUUUUGUACGACCAGAUAAUCAACAGAAGCAAGGCUGUACACGUCACACCUUGCCAGCUGUUGUCUGCAAUUCGUGGAUGUGGGAGGUAAGCUCUGAAAUGAAGUUUAUGUAGUCAAAGGGGAUAGGUAAAAAAAUUCUGUGCCCCCGCCCCAGAUCGGCAAGUAUCACGUCAUCAGCCUGCGAGACGAUGGGCUAUCACUCUGUACACAGCUAAAACUCAUAAUUAUUUUCAAGCCUUUCUUUCUUUUUUUCUUUCUUUCUUUCUUUCUUUCUUUCUU